CUUUUCGUUUCAAAAUGUGCUCGAACUAUUGUUGAAAAUUUUGCGAUUCAAUUGAAAAUGUUAAGCCGAAACGCGUUUUCUUCAAAUUUCGACUAAAUCGAAGUGUAUAUUCUUUUUAGAGCCAUAAAAAGGGUUUCGGAGUGUGUGUGUGCGUGUGUCGGUCGUCCGCAGUCGGUGAGAAGCAAGGCAAAGAGAGAACCAGAAAAGUGGUAGCGAUUGUAGCAGCAGCGCGGCAACGAACCGUCGGUGAAGGACGUGUCGCGGUCGGAGACGAGACAGGGGGCUGGACUAUCGUGGGCGGAGGAUCUGCAAGGAUCACAAAUGUGCCGCAGCUAACCGAAGCCGCCGACAGCAGCAGCAGCACGAGAGGCAGCAGCCAUAGAAAAGGCGGAUGCUGUUCAUUUCCCACCUCCCCACCGGCGCCCCCAUUAUUCUCAGCCUUGUUCUUGGUUAUCACCCGUAACCGCAGCGACUUUGAGUUAUCCCAGGAAGCGAUAGCAGAUAUUUUUCAAAAUUCCUCCACAAACACCCACGAGCAGCAGGAGCAUCGCCAUGCCCGUUUCGAUGGCUGUAUGCGAAACGGCGAAUGUCGUCAACGCUGCGCUCCGCGAAUCGCUUGGCGUCGGGAACGGCAGCAGGGCUGCUGACGAGGCCAAAAAAACCGGCGGAGGCGGCGGCGACGACUCUGACUCUGAAAUGCAUAAUCAAAUUGCUGUCAGUGCGUAUGCAAAGCGGAUUCUAAUGUCCAAAAUCGAGUACGAGGAGGUCCCCAACUACCACGACUCGGUGCUGGAGCAGUUGAAGAACAAGUACAUAGUCAUCAAGCAACCCAGCAACAACAACAACAACAGCAGCAGCUGCAACGGGAGCAACUUUGGCAACAGCAAAGUUGUGGGAGCAAAUGGACACGACAAUGGGAAUAAUGGCCAUCGCAAGCUGUCCCAGUCAGAGUCCACCCAAUCGGGUCCCAGUCCCAACGAGCUGCCAAAACCAAAGCGCGUCCUCUAUCCCCGAGAGAACAUCAGGAUCGGGUGGAAGCAAUCGGAGCGCAAGUGGCAGGUCGGCACGGGCAUGAUAAAUGUGGGCAACACCUGCUACCUUAACUCAACGCUGCAGGCCCUCUUCCACAUACCCGCAUUGGCCAACUGGCUCGUCUCGGAGCAGACGCAUCUGGAGAACUGCAACAUAACCGAGUCCAAUGGCGGUUGCAUCAUCUGCGCCAUGGCCAAGACACUACAGUCGACGCAGUCCUGCCAGUCGGCCAUGCGUCCGUUCCACAUCUACUCGAAGCUGAAGCAGAUCUGCAAGCACAUGGUGGUGGGACGGCAGGAGGAUGCACACGAGUUCCUGCGCUUCCUGGUGGAGGCCAUGGAGAAGGCGUACUUGAUGCGUUUCCGCAACUUCAAGGAGCUAGAUCAGCUGGUGAAGGAGACGACGCCACUGAAUCAGAUAUUCGGUGGCUACCUGCGCAGCGAGGUGCGUUGCCUCAGCUGCAGCCACGUCUCAAUCACCUUCCAGCACUUCCAGGACCUUCUGCUCGAUAUACGCAAGUCGGACACGCUCGAGGAGGCGUUCGACGGUUACUUCUCGAGGGAGCGACUCGAAGACAUGGGAUACAAGUGUGAGGGCUGCAAAAAGAAGGUCUCGGCCACCAAACAGUUCAGCCUGGAGCGGGCCCCAAUCACGCUGUGCAUCCAGCUGAAGCGCUUCUCGAUGAUCGGCAACAAGCUGACCAAGACGAUCAGCUUCAAGCCACGCAUUGACCUGAGUAGGUUUGCUGCCCGCUCGCCGGCGGCUGCCGCCCAGCCGCUCACCUACCGCCUCGUCUCCAUGGUCACACACCUGGGAGUCUCUCAGCACUGCGGCCACUAUACGGCCAUCGGUAUGACCGAGUCGGGCAGCUACUACAACUUUGAUGACAGCUACGUGCGCCCCAUUGCCAUGCAGAGUGUGUGCAACACCAACGCCUACAUCAUGUUCUACGAGCUGGAUCUGUCACAGACCACUCCGCUCAAGAGCAAUGGCUUGCGUCUGACCAAUGGCCACAGUCCAGUGGCUGUCCCAGCCACAGUCUCCUCCUCCUCACCCACGCAUACACGUUUCAUUGGACCCCAGCUGCCGCCAGGCGGUAUCAAUGGAUAUAGCAAUGGCCAUGCCACUGGUAGUUCCAAUGCCCAGAAGACUGCCAUUCAGUUCAAGCAGCAGCAUCAGCAGCAGCAGCACCCACAACAGAACGGUCUCCAAGUGGGGACCGGAAAGUUUCAGGAGCCUCCGCACGCGAAGUCUCCACUGGCUGGCGCAUACAAUAAAGGCGAAGCUUUUCCAGCUACAACUGCAAAUGGUAACAAAAGUUCCUCCUCCUCAGCCAGCAACAGCAACCACAACAAAUCGGUGAACCAACUACAGCACCAGCACCAGCAACAUUAUCUGCCAAUAUCCUCCGAGGAUGAGGACAGUGAAGACGGAGCGACGGCAACAGCAACAGCAACGGCCAGGCCGACGGCACAGCUGCCCAGCAUGCCCAAGAUGACGGAGGACAGCAGCGACAAGCCAAAGACUCCGUUAAAGAGCUCAGUCAAGACCAAUCUCGUUAAGAGUCUACUCAAGACGCCACUCAAGAGCCUGGUGCCGUACGAGUCGGCCUCCGAGGAGGAUGAGCCACUGCCGAAUCCACGAAAACGACGCAGCGAUUCGGAUUCAAGCGACUCGGGCGACUCGGACCCCCAGCCGGGUCAUGUCAAUGGUCACACCAAGACCAACGGAGGUAGCCUUACCAAUGGGAAUGGCUUGGGCAAAGCCAAGACUAUUUUGGCGACAUCCUCCUCCUCGUCAUUGGCGUCCGCCUCUGCGUCCGCCGCAUCGUUGGUAAACAUUAACAACAACAACAGCAACAACAGCAGCAAACAAAAGACUGAUGCCAUAGACGAGAUAUUCAAGAGCCUCAACAACUAUCAAGCCAAACACAAGCCACCACCACCGCCAGCCAUCGACGACAGCGAUGAUGAAGAUGCAGAUGAGGAAGAGGAGAAUAGCAAGCUGACCAACGGCUGGCAGCCACAGAAACAGUCACAAUCGCUGACACAAAGCAAAACCCCGCCUUCUCCCAAGACACCACCCUCGCCGGCCGUUAUUAAAUCUAAGACGGGCAUCUGGAAAGUCACCCGCAACGAUGACAAUGAAGAUGAAGAUGAUGACGACGAUGAAGAUGAGGAGGAGCAGCACCAGGUGAUGUCAACGCCAUCUAAAAACCCUCGUAAUCCCUUUGCCAAGUCCUCAACAACACCUGGCGCCAAACGGCAGAAGCUGCUCAAUGGCAUCGCCGUCAAGUCACAGCAACAGCCACGCGUGGGUAAUGGCUACCAGAGCGAGGCCUCAACCAAUGGGAAUGUCGUGAACGAAUUGCUGAAGCAGACGCAUCGCGGCUACGGCUCCGCCUCGGUCCUUAGUUGGAGCGGAAAGCCAGCGGAACUGGAGAAGGAGCUGGUGGCGGAGGCUCGUGAGCAGCGACAGCACGACCACGACGAUGAGGAGGAGAACGAAAUGGAUCGCGGACGGCAGCGCAAAGUGAAAUCCGCAACGGCAAAGGCCUACAACAGCAGCACGCCCGGCUAUAAUCCAUUCCAGGAGUACGAGAGCCAAAAGCGCUGGCACAAGUCCAGCAACGGCGGUGGCAGCUUCCCGCGUUACCACAAUCAGAACUUUCGUCAGAAUUUCCAGCAGCGCAACAAGUUCAAAUACAAUCGGUUCGGUGGACCCGGUGGCGCCAAGUUCCAGCAGCAGCGGGCCCUGCAGCGUCAUCUGGCUUCCGGUGGCGUCUUUAACCGUCGGCAGCCGACGGGACAGCAACAGCAGCAGCAGUCACAGCAGUCCUAAUCCUAACUGCCACUUGUGGCCGAUGUGGACGCGGAUGCUGCUGCAGCUCCUGCUGCUGCGGCUGCUGGUGCCUGUGCAUUUGUUAUUGGAUUUCGAUUGCUAGUUCGGAUGAGUUUUUAUUUUAUUUUUUUUUUAACUGCUGAUUGAACAUGUUUUAGAGUACGACUUGUAAGCUAUAAGCUAGAGCAUAAUUGUUGCGCCGUCUACACCCCUACCCCCCUAGAGUGCGCCCCAAACCCUACCCAUUAAGCGAAUGAUUAAGUUUUAAGAGAAAAGAAAGAAAGAAAAAGAAAUACGAGAUCCCCGUGUAUGGCAUUUUAUAUAUAUAUAUUUAUUGUGUUCUAAAAGAUUACGUUCGGCAUAUGCAGCGUCUAAGAAAUUUAUCGCAAAACAUUUUUAAAAAAAAUGGCCGGCCCUUAAUCUUUGCAAAAAAAACCAACAAACCAACAAAAAACCACUUAAAUACUAUAUAAAUGAGCUGCAAAUGAUGGAAAAUAAAGCAACCCAAUUACCUUUAAGAGACUAAAAACAACCCAAUUUGUACAUAUAUAACAUACAAUGAGAGUUUAGAUUAAAACCACAGAGAAACUUGAGUAUAAUUUAAAUGGCGCGCCCUUUUAUUUAUCGAGAGAGAGAGAGAGAAAGAGAGCAGAACAAGCACACUAGGAACGAUAUCCUGAUGAGCAUAGAUGGCGCCGCGCCCCCACUGUUAAUAAACCCCCAAAUAAUACGCAUGUUGGAUAUAAUUUAUAUAUAUACUAUAAUACAAGUAUGAAUAUACCUAUGAACAAAAGUGUGCGACCGGAGACGGAGCCGGUGACGGUGACGGCGUAUUAGCAAAAUUAUUUUAGAAAUUAAACAGUUUAUUUCAUCAACUAGUGUGUAAUAGUAAAUAAACCGUAAAACCAAA